AUGGAAGCUUUCUUUUUUUUCUUCCUUUCUUUUAUUUUUUCUUUCUUUCUAUAUUCAUCUUUCCUUUCUUUCUUUUUUCUUUCUUUUUUCUUUCUUUCCUUCUUUCUUCUUUUUUUCUUUUUUCUUUUUCUUUCUUUCUUUCUUGUCUAUUUCUUUCUUAAUUUCAACUUUAUUUUGUCUCUUGAUUUUUUUUAUCUAUAUUUCGUUCUUUAUUUCUUUCUUCUUCCUUUCUUUAUUCUUUCUUCCUUCUUUCUAUCUUCCUUUUUAGUUUCUUCUUUCUUCCUUCUUUCUUUCUUUCUUUCUUUCUCCUUCCGUUUUCUUUCCUUCUUUCUUUCUUUCUUUCUUUCUUCCUUCUUUCUUUCUUACUUUCUUUCUCCUUCCGUUUUCCUUCUUUCUUUCUUUCUUUCUUUAUUUCUUUCUUUCUCCUUUCGUUUUCCUUCUUUCUUUCUUUCUUUCUUUCUUUCUUUCUUUCUUUCUCCUUCCGUUUUCUUUCCUUCUUUCUUUCUUUCUUUCUUUCUUUCUUUCUCCUUCCGUUUUCCUUCUUUCUUUCUUUCUUUCUUUCUUUCUUUCUUUCUCCUUUCAUUUUCUUUCCUUCUUUCUUUCUUUCUUCCUUCUUUCUUUCUUUCUUCCUUCUUUCUUUCUUUCUUCCUUCUUUCUUUCUUACUUUCUUUCUCCUUUCGUUUUCCAUCUUUCUUCCUUCUUUCUUUCUUUCUUUCUUUCUUUCUUUCUUUCCUUUCGUUUUCCUUCUUUCUUUCUUUCUUUCUCCUUCCGUUUUCUUUCCUUCUUUCUUUCUUUCUUUCUUUCUUUCUCCUUCCGUUUUCUUUCCUUCUUUCUUUCUUUCUUUCUUUCUUACUUUCUUUCUCCUUCCGUUUUCCUUCUUUUUUUCUUUCUUUCUUUCUUUCUCCUUUCGUUUUCUUUCCUUCUUUCUUUCUUUCUUUCUUUCUUUCUUUCUCCUUUCGUUUUCCUUCUUUCUUCCUUCUUUCUUUCUUUCUUUCUCCUUUCGUUUUCCUUCUUUCUUUCUUUCUUUCUUUCUUCCUUUCUUUCUUUCUUUCUCCUUUCGUUUUCCUUCUUUCUUUCUUUCUUUCUUACUUUCUUUCUCCUUCCGUUUUCCUUCUUUCUUUCUUUCUUUCUUUCUUUCUUUCUUUCUUUCUUUCUCCUUUCGUUUUCCUUCUUUCUUCCUUCUUUCUUUCUUUCUUUCUCCUUUCGUUUUCCUUCUUUCUUUCUUUCUUUCUUUCUUUCUUUCUCCUUUCGUUUUCCUUCUUUCUUUCUUUCUUUCUUUCUUUCUCCUUCCAUUUUCUUUCCUUCUUUCUUUCUUUCUUUCUUUCUUCCUUCCUUCUUUCUUUCUUACUUUCUUUCUCCUUUCGUUUUCCUUCUUUCUUUCUUUCUUUCUUUCUUCCUUCUUUCUUUCUUACUUUCUUUCUCUUUUUGUUUUCCUUCUUUCUUUCUUCCUUCUUUCUUUCUUUCUUUCUCUUUUUGUUUUCCUUCUUUCUUUCUUUCUUUCUUUCUUUCUUUCUUUCUUUCUUUCUUUCUUUCUUUCCGAGUCACUCAUUGUCCGUCAUUAUUUCGACUGUAGCCACCUCUCGCCUCGAACUACUAAUUAAUGCAAUCUCCCCACAACUUGCGUGUAUGGGGGGAGGGUUUGUUCAUUAUCUAUCUAUCUAUCUAUCUAUCUCAUUUUAUAUAUAUCCACAUAAAUAUUUUUAUUCUUUUCCCUCUAUCUGUUCAUUUCUCUCACUCACUCACUCACUCACUAUCUAUCUAUCGAUCUAUCUAUCUAUCUAUCUAUCUAUCUAUCUAUCUAUCUAUCUAUUCCUUUCAUAUCUAUCUAUCUAUCUAUCUAUCUAUCUAUCUAUCUAUCUAUCCCAGCCUGUUCAUAUCUAUCUAUCUAUCUAUCUAUCUAUCUAUCUAUCUAUCUAUCUAUCUAUUCCUUUCAUAUCUAUCUAUCUAUCUAUCUAUCUAUCUAUCUAUCUAUCUAUCUAUCUAUCUAUCUAUCCCAGCCUGUUCAUAUCUAUCGAUCUAUCUAUCUAUCUAUCCCAGCCUGUUCAUAUCUAUCUAUCUAUCUAUCUAUCUAUCUAUCUAUCUAUCUAUCUAUCUAUCUCAAAUCUGUACAUUUAUACCUCUCUUUCUUUCUAUAAACCACACACACACAUACACACUCUCUCUCUCUCUCUCUCUCUCUCUCUAUAUAUAUAUAUAUAUAUAUAUAUAUAUAUAUAUAUAUUUAUCUAUCUAUCUAUAUUUGGUUUCUUUCUUUAUUUUGUUCUUUCUUUCUUAAUAUGUUCAUAUCUAUCUAUCUAUCUAUCUAUCUAUCUAUCUAUCUAUCUAUCUAUCUAUCUAUCUGAGUCUAUUUUCUUUCUCUCUAUUUAUCUCAAUAUACACAUAUCUCUCUACAUUAAUCUGUUUCCCCGACUUUCUUUCUUUUUAUCUCUUUCUCUCUGUGUUAUUCUAUUCAUAUCGAUCUAUCAAUCUCUCUCUCUAUAUGUCACACACACAUAUACACACACUCUCUCUCUCUAUCUCUCUAUCUAUCUAUCUAUUUAUCUAUCUAUCUAUAUUUGGUUUCUUUCUUUAUUUCGUUCUUUCUUUCUUAAUAUGUUCAUAUCUGUCUAUCUAUCUAUCUAUGUAUCUAUCUAUCUCUUUUAG